AUGUGCGUGACUACCUCUUCAAGGUGCGCAAGCACCUCAGCAAGGUGCACCCCCAGCUCUCCAAGAACACCGGUCUCACGAAGAGGUUGGCUUGCUGGGAGGAGAGAGCUGGCGGCGCUUCGAGCACUACCGCCAGAAUCCGGACCUCCUGGCCUCGGUCCACCAGCUGGCGGGCUUCCUCUGGGCCUGCCGGCGGGUGGCCCCCGGGCUGCUGCAGCUGGCCGAGAGCUGCGACGCGGAGCUGUUCCUGGCGCUGCCGAGGCUCGUGUGCCUCUGCCUCUUCUCGGACCCCGCGGGCCCCGCGCAGGCCCUCGCGCAGAGGCUGCUGCCGCGGCCCCCGCACGCCGCCGCCGGCGAGGAGAGCCGGGCGAGGGCAGGAGCGCGAAGAAGGUCCAGGCAGCCGCGGCCAACCUCCAGCGCACCCUCGGCACCGUGGUGUCCGGCAUGAUGGCAGGCGACACGGGCGGCACGGAGGCCGACGCGUGGGCUGAGGCCUGGGAGAUCCUGCUGCGGCGGGCGGUGAGCGGCCCUGGCGCCGAGCAGGGGGCCGCGGACGACCCCUACGCUGGGGUGGAGCAGGCCCACCGGGAGUCCGCCGCGGCCAGCGUGGAGGGCUUCAUGAACGAGGUGGAAGGCUGGAGCAUGGAGCUGCAGCGCCACAGCCCCGAGGCCUGGAACGAGACCUCCGUGCUCCUCGUGCGGUGCAUCACGUGGCUCCCGGGCGCGGCACCCUCGCCCCCGAAGUUUGCCCUCUAG